AUGGCCAGCCAAGAUGGUGACGUUCAGCAGAGCCCCGCCGUUACCAGCGCCAUAGCAGGAAAAGCGGACAGUCGCAAAGAGAAGCAGAACAGCCAAACAAAUAUACACAAGACCACCGACUCCGAAGAUCCAGUUACCGAAGGCACGAAACAUACUGACCCCGAAAAGGCCAAAAGUAUCACCAAUGUCGAUCAAGAUGGGGACGACUAUGAUGUCAGAAAAGAAGAUCACUUUGGCGAGGCAACCGUCAUCAAAACCGCAAAGGACUUGGUCACACACGUUCUCCAUGUCGACGAUGAUCCAACCAAGUCUCCGUGGACUUUUCGCGCAAUACUGAUAGGUAUGAUCUUGUGCACCUUUGCAUCUGUGCUGCAAGAAAUCUUCUACUUCAAACCCCAGAUUAUUCUGGUGUCUGUUGUGUUCUUAACUGUGCUCGGAUAUAUUCUUGCAAUGCCAUUCCAGCUCAUCCCACGGCCCAUUGGGGAUGGCAAAAUAGCUCGCCUUUGUCGCUUCCUGAACCCUGGCGAAUUCAACUCCAAGGAACACGCCUUCACGAUUAUUAUGGGCUCUGCAGGCUCCUCGUCCGCGGUGGCGACUCAAAUUCUAGCAGCACAGCGUCUUUACUACGGAUUCACACCUAACAAGGGAGCGGCUAUCUUCCUCGUCAUCUCCUCACAGUUUUUGUCCUAUGGCGUUGCGGGUAUGCUUCGCACAGUUCUAGUUCAUCCGGCUAAGAUGCUUUGGCCCGUCAACAUUCCUGUCAACACUCUUCUGGAAACAUUGCAUCGUGACAGGAGCGAGACACAGAAAAGGCUGCGAUAUUUCACCUUUAUAUUCAGCGGUGCAUUUCUCUGGGAAAUAAUUCCAGCGUGGAUUGCACCCAUUUUCCAGGGCAUCUCCAUUCCAUGCUUGGCGAGACAAGAUAGCCUUCUGAUUACGAAUCUGUUUGGGGGUGCGCAGAAUAACGAAGGUCUUGGCUUCUUGGGCCUCUGUUUUGACUGGAACUACAUUGCGGGACUUAGCUCCCCUUUGUGGUACCCUCUUUAUACUCUGGUCAACAGCUUGGGGGGAUACCUACUUUGCAUAGUGCUCUUCAUGGGUAUUUACUACGGCAACAUAUGGCGCUCCCGGGACUUUCCAUUCCUGUCGCAGUUGAUGUUCCACCAGUCGUCCAACGCCACAAAUUUCGUCCAGUACAACAUCACCGCCAUCUUGAACCCGGAUAACACCAUCAAUAGCACCCUUGUUGCGGAACAGGGCCUCCCAUAUCUCUCCGGAUCGUACCUACUCAGUUUUAUAUCCACCAAUGUUGGCAUCACCGCAGCAAUCGUCCACUUGCUCUUAUGGAACUACAACGACUUAAAAGAAGGCUGGAGCUUUCUGCGGUGGUCAAAGAUCCGGUCAUAUUUCUCUCGCCAAACCACUUCGAAUCAGGAUGAAGCUGCUCGACGCCAAAAGAUCGUCAACGACAGUGAGAUGGAUCCACACUAUAAGUUGAUGGUGCAAAAUGGCUAUGUUGAGGUACCGAAUUGGUGGUUUGGUCUCGUACUCUUGUUGGCGUUUGUUAUCGGCAUGGUCACGCUAUAUCAGGUCAAAUCAACAUUGCCCUGGUGGGCGUUUAUUGUGUCAAAUCUCAUCGCCGCACUUUUUAUUUUGUUCUUCGGAGCCCAGAUGGGCUUGACAGGUUUUCAAUUCAACCAACAGCCCGUGGUCCAAAUGCUGGCUGGCUAUAUUCUUCCUGGAAGGCCGCUUGCCAAUAUGUACUUCACCGUGUUCGGAUUCAACGGUAUUCAGCAAGGCCAGUGGCUACUCCGGGAUCUGAAGCUCGCUCAGUUGGCUCAUUUAUCUCCCAAAGCCACAUUCACAGCUCAGAUGCUCGGUACCGUGAUAGGAGGCAUCAUGGACUAUGUGAUCAUGGUCAGUAUUGUGGACAACCAAACCCCUGCCCUGUUGUCCAUCAGUGGCACCAAUGUCUGGUCUGGGCAGAAUGUGCAAUCAUACAGUACGCUAGCCGUCGCGUGGUCUUUGGCCAAGGACAUGUUUUCAGUGGGAAGUCGCUACCAAUGGGUCACGCUCUCGUAUCUUCUUGGGUUCAUGGCGCCGAUUCCGUUUUGGUUGGCUUGGAAAUACACCAAGCGCGAGGUCUUCCGUGACGUAGACACCUCCAUCAUCAGUUGGUACUGUGGUUUGUUGUACGUGGGUGUCAACUCGUCUCUGCUCAUGUACUUUGGUCUCGGCAUCUUCGCUCAGUGGUACCUUCGCACCUAUCAUCCUAGUGCUUUCAUCAAGUACAAUUACUUGGUCUCCGCGGCUUUGGAUGGUGGUACACAAGUUAUGGUCUUCCUUCUCAGCUUUGCCGUCCUGGGUGCCAGUGGAAACGAAUACAAAUUCCCCAUCUACGCAUUGAAUAACGGGGGUUCAAACGAGUCAAAGAACAUUGACUACUGUAAGUUCAACGUUGCUGCAGCAGGUUGA